AUCAAUCAUCUUUCUCAAUUUUUUUUACCAAUGACUUUAUUAAAUUUAAUUCGCAAUUUAAAUAGAUCAUCCAAUUUUAAUCCUUUAUUAACAAAUUUUAAAAAACAGUCAUUUAAUUCAUUUAAUGAUUCUAAAAAAUUAUUGACAACUUUAAGUGCAAGUCACAUUUCAAUUAAAGAAGCAAUUGAUACUCUUAGCGAAUCUUCACCUAAAGAAUAUGAUGUUUGUUUAGUAUUUGUAUCAAGAACUUAUGAAUUAAAAGAUAUUGAAAUUAUUCCUCAAUAUCUUUAUUCAAAAUUUAAACCAAAAUUUUUAGGAGGAUGCGUUGUUGAUAAAAUUUAUAAUAAUAAUAAUAAUAAUAAUACCAAAAAUAAUAAUGGACAUGGUAUUUCACUAUUAUUGGGAAAUUGGAAAAAUUUUAGUGGAUUUUGUACAAAUAUUAAAGGACCAAAACAUCAAUUUAAAUCAAAUUCUGUUGGUAGAUGGAAAAGUCUUGAUGAUAUUAAAAAUGAUAAUGAAUCAUUUGAUUUAUUUGAUAUUAAUAAAUUUAAAUCUAUUUCAAGUGUUCCUAAUGAAUUUGAUUUACCUGAAGAAUUAAAAAUUUUAAAAAAUAAGAAUAUAAACCCGGACUUGAUUUUCUUGGUUUCUGAUUCCGAGCCAUAUCAAUUCUUGGAAAGUUUGGAUCAUCAUUUUCCUACAAGUAAAAAGAUUGGAAUAAUUGGGACAUCAACUCCUUUCUUAACAGGUCAACCUUUUAGUUUAUUUCAUAAUAAUAAUAUAUUUUCUAGAGGUACAAUAGGAGUAGCAUUAACAGCUGAAUCACCAAAUGAAUUCAAAAAUCAAUUUCAAAUUGAACAUCCUUCAUUAAGUACCAUCGGAGAUCCAUUAAAAAUUACAAGUUGUCGUGGAAAUAUAAUCCUGAAACUUGAUGGAACAAAUCCAACUAAAUUGCUUCUUGAUAAAUUACAAUUCGUUGAUGAUAAAAAUUUUUUGUCAAAAGAAACUGAAUUAUAUAUCGGAUUAUAUAAUUCCGAUAAUAAAGAGAAUCAAUUGGAUGAAUCUACUUUAAUAGUUUAUAAAAUAUCAAGUGGAGAUCCUGUAAAAGGAAAUUUGGCCGUUGAUACUAUGAUGGAUCUUAAGGAAGGUCAAUUCGUCAAGUUAUUUUAUAAAAAAAACGAACCUGAUACAAUCUUACUACAAAAUAAAUUAAAAGAUCAAAAUGAUGAAACACAAAUUAUAUUAACAAUGACAGACCAAGACACUAUGGAUUCAACAUCUUUAUUAAGGUUAAAUAAUAAUAAAAAUAUUUUCGGGGCUACAAGUGAAAAUGGAAUUAUAAUUGGUAAAGGUAAGAAUGAAAAUACAUGGGUUUGUAAUGUACCUUAUUCAACUGCUAGUUUAUUACUUUCUAAAUGAAAAAAAAUAAUAUGAGAUAUUUACAAAUUGGUAUAAGAAUUUUUUUCUUUAAAAAAAUCUGAAAUAAAUGAAAUUAUAUUUUAUGAUUUUGUAAAAUUGACAAAUAUAUUUUUUUCGGGAUCUAUUUUUGCGAAAAAAAAAAGUUUUAUUAAGAAAAAUUUCAAAUGAGUACUUCCGCUGAAAAUAAAGUUGUGAAAGAUAACUGGAAUCGGUUAUAGUCGCGAAAAUUUUACUCAUAACUAAGGUUGACG